AUGUCGUCGUCCAUCUCGCAGUUCUACAUCCUGUCGACACGAGGAGACACCAUCAUCUUCAGCGACUUCCGAGGCGACGUGGAGAGCAACUCGGCCGAGAUUUUCUUCCGCAAAGUCAAAUUCUGGGAAAAGGGCGACGCACCCCCGACGUUCAACGUGGACGGUGUCAACUAUCUGUUCGUCAAGAAGAACGGACUGUACUUUGUGGCCACCACACGCUGCAAUGUGAGUCCCAGCUACAUUCUGGAGCUUCUCACGCGUCUGUGCCGCGUGUUCAAAGACUACUGCGGCGUGUUGAGUGAGGAGACGCUGCGUAAGAACUUCAUUCUGUGCUACGAGUUGUUGGACGAGACACUGGACUACGGCUUCGCUCAGGACACGAGCACUGAGGGCCUCAAGGUGCACGUACACAACGAGGCUAUCCUUGUGGGCGACGCUGUGCUGUCCAAGACCAAGGCCGGCUCCAAAUUCAUGAACCGCAGCUCCAAUAUCAAGGCCGCCAGCGCUGUCAAGAAGCCUGUGGCUACAGCUGGACAGAGCUCCAAGAAACAGGACGAGAACGAGCUCUUCUGCGACAUCUUGGAGCGCCUGAACGUCGUCUUCUCCUCUGGCGGACAGAUGCUCAACGCCUCCAUCGAAGGACGUAUCCAGCUCAAGAGCUACUUGUCCGGCAACCCCGAACUGCGUCUCGCACUCAAUGAAGAUCUGGUUAUCGGCAACACUGGCGCCAGACAAUACGGACAGGUGGUGCUGGACGACUGCAAUUUCCACGACUGCGUGCAGCUGGACGAGUUCGAGCGCGACCGUGUGCUCAUCUUCCAGCCUCCCGAUGGCGAGUUUACCGUCAUUAACUACCGAAUUACGGGCGACUUCCGUGCUCCUUUCCGUAUCUUCCCGUUCGUGGAGGAACUGUCGCCCACGAAGAUCGAGAUGGUGCUCAAGAUCCGCGCCGAUAUGCCCGAGAACAACUACGGCGCCAACGUGAUCAUCCGCUUCCCCGUGCCACAGUCCACGGUGGCGGUUUCCUGUGAUAUUGGCAAGAGCGCGGCAGGUCAGCUGGCAGAGUACCGAGAGAACGAGAACCAGGUGCGUUGGGCCAUCAAACGCUUCACGGGCGGCACAGAACUCACGCUGCGAGCCAAGAUUACGUUGGGGCAGCCCAGUCCACACGUGCGGCGUGAGAUUGGCCCUGUGAGCAUGAACUUUGAGAUCCCCAUGUACAAUACCUCGAGUCUGCAGGUGCGCUAUCUGCGUAUCCCGGAGCACGCGCGUCAUCCCAACUACACGUACAAGCGGUGGGUGCGCUAUGUGACGCAGUCCAGUUCUUACGUGUGCAGGAUUUAA